AUGGAACAACAUAAUAUAAAUAUUAUAAAAGAAAAAGGGGAUGUUGGUGAUAUUUAUUUUAAAAUUAGUAACAAUUUAAUAAUUGUAAAGGAGAUAGUAUCAAAUUUAGAUGUAUUAGAUUUAGUUGGUAUUCAAUAUGUUUGUAAACAAUGGAAUUCAAUUGCAACGUCCAAUGUAAUUUGGUUAGAGGCAAUAUGUAAACAUCUACUUACAGUUUAUUGUUUAAUGUACUCUGUAGAGGAUGGCCAUUUAUAUUCCUCUCAAUAUUCAAAAAUUGAAUCGAUAAUAAUAAAAAAUAAUUGUAAUAAUAUCAACAACAACGGCAACAACUAUUGUAAUUUGGUUAAAAAGUAUCAACAAAUAGAUAGUGUUGAAAAUUUUAAAAAAGUUUUUGGAUGCGACUUUUCAACAAAUAGAGUUCAAAUUUCAAAGGUAUUAACUAAAACAUCACCACUUUUACCACAAAACCAUUAUAAAACUGUAUUUAUGAAAUUAUUUUAUCAAUAUUACCAAGCAAUAGUUUUGGUUGAUAAACAUAGAGAAUUUUUCAAACAAAAAAUAUUUUGUUCAAGUUUUGAUAUCAUUUUUCCAAAUAUUUUUAUCUUACCAAAUUCAAACUUUUUAAAUAAUAAUUCGACAUUUAUAACAAAUUCAAUAAAUUCAACAAGUUUAACAAAUUCAACAAAUUUAACAAAUUCAACAAAUUCAACAAAUUCAACAAAUUCAACAAAUAAUUUAAAUACGAAUACAGGCUUUUAUAAUACAUUAGAUGAUUUAACAAGAAUAUCAUCACCUGUAUACUCUCAAUUUAGUUUAUAUAAAACAAAUUUUAAACAAAGAGAGUUAUAUUUUAAAUCUAAUGGAAAGAAUAAAAAUAAAAAAACAACUUUAUUUUUUUUACUUUUAAAUAAUAAAAAAAAUCAAUUGCAAGAUAAUCAAAAUUUUAAUAGUUAUUCAGUUUCAACAGAGUUUAUAUUAUUUGAUCCAUUUGAUAAUGAAAGUAAUGAAAGUAAUGAAAUUAACAAUAACAAUAACAAUAACAAUAACAAUAACAAUAACAAUAACAAUAACAAUAACAAUAACAAUAACAAUAACAAUAACAAUAACAAUAACAAUGACAAUAGCAAUAACAAUAACAAUAACAAUAACAAUAACAACAACAAUAAAAAUAAUUAUUGUGAUGGAGAUGAUAAAAUUAAAUCGAUAUCAUCAUUAAAAUCUGUCCAAUUCAAAGUUGAAAUUUUCGUUAACUAUAAAUUAUCAAAUCGUUCGAUCACUGAAAUUUCUUCAAAUUGUAAAUUUAAAUUAAAUGAUUAUAGUAAUUUAAACUUUAUAGAUUUUAAUUGUAAUGAAGAUAAUGAUAAUCAAAAUAAUAUUCAAAAUAAUACUCAAAAUAAUACUCAAAAUAAUACUCAAAAUAAUAAAAAUAAUAAAAAUAAUCAAAAUAAUCAAAACAAUUGGAUUGAAUUAUAUAAAUUUAAUGUAAAUUUAAAAGAAAAUAAUGGUAAAGAUGGUGUAUUUAUAGGUGGUUUUAGUAAUAAUGAUAAUAAUUUUAAAAAGAAUGAAAACAAAUCCAGCAACAAUUAUAUGAUUUCUCAAUAUGAAUCACCUGGAGAGUUUUCAUCGAUUCACUUUCCAGUCAAUUCAUUUAAAACAAAACAAAUCGGUAAGUUUCUAAGGGUUAAAGGUUCAGAAAUUAUUAAUACAAUAAGUGCAGUUUUAGAGCACCGAAAGUUUGAAAUUCCUCAACCAAAGAAAGCUUUGUUAUUAAAUUAUCAAUUGACUUUAGAUUUAUUUAUUUCUGAAUUUUAUACAAAUAAAUUACUAUUUGGUGAUCAUAAAAAUUUUCCAGGAAUUUUUAAUUUUGAUCAUUUAAAUUGUAUUGGAUUUUCAUUAUUAAAAUUAAUAUAUAUUAAUGAUGAAAUUAUUUUAUGUAAUGGAUAUAAUGUUGUAGAUGGAGGACAAAUUAAAAAGGAGAUGACAAUUGAUAUAUUGGGCGAUCUUUAUUUCAUAUGUUCCGAUAUUAAGAAAUCAAAUAAUGGAACAUUUUAUGAACUAUCACUAACUGUAUCUGAUUUUAAAUUCAUUGAUAAACCAAUUGAAAUUAAUACAAGUGUUAUAGCCAAUAGUAGUGGUAAUAGUAGUGGAUGUGGUAAUGGUGAUGCAAGUAAUUGUGGAUUAUUAUUUUCUGUCUCUUUUAUUGAAAAUUCAAUUUUAAAACUUUUAAAUCUUAAACACCUAAUAACAAUUGCAUGCGAUGAUAAAUUAAAAAAGUCAAAAACAUUGGUUUCAACUUUACAACUAUUAUUAUUCAUUUGGAGGUUAAAUCAAUUCAUUAAUGUUGUUUUAGUUGAUAAUGAUAAAUUUAAAUUUAUUUUUGCAAAUCAACAAACUGAUCAUUCUUUCACCAAAAAAUUUAAAAAAAGGUUAAAUUCUCCUGUUUUACCAAAAAAUAAUGAAAAUCAUAAUAGAUCUAAUAAAAAAUUAAAAUAA